AUGUCGACCCAACAACAACAAGAAUCCACACCCGCACCUGCACUGUCCGCCUCGGGACGACAAUAUGACCCCAAGUUCACCCAGCAUGUCGUCGACACCUGCGGCCCCAAGACCAGCCCUCGCAUGCUCCAGAUCUUCUCCGGGCUGGUCAGACACAUCCACGACUUUGCGCGGGAAGUGGAUUUGACUCCCGAGGAAUGGCUGGCGGGUGUCAAGUUCCUGAACGAGACGGGCAAGAUUUGGGCGGAGAGUGACGGCAAGAGGAACGAGAUGCACAGGUUGUCGGAUAUCAUUGGAUUGGAAUCCCUUGUCACUGAGAUCGCCAACUACGUCCAAGUCGACGAGCCAAACUACGUCCCAACCUCCGCCGCCAUCCUCGGACCAUUCUGGAGCCCCAACGCCCCUUGGAGAAACCUCGGCGACAGCAUAAUCCAAGACCCGCACGCCGGCACCGUCACCUACAUGCACGGCAUCGUGCGAGAUCUACAAACGAAAAACCCCAUCCCGAACGUCACCUUCGACAUGUGGCAGGCGUCCUCCAACGGCAAAUACGACUUCCAGGACCCCGCCAACCAAUCCGACAACAACCUGCGGGGGAAGUUCAAGACGGAUAAGAAUGGCGAGUACAGACUGUACUGUCUCCGGCCGACGGCGUAUAGCUUGCCGCAGGAUGGUCCCAGCUGGCAGUUGCUGCAGAGCAUCGAUCGCCAUCCCAUGAGGCCCGCGCAUAUUCAUUUGAUGGUUACGCAUGAAGGUUACAAGCCUUGUAUUACACAGAUAUACCCCAAGGACGACCCCUGGCUCGCAACCGACACCGUCUUCGCCGUCAAAGACGACCUGGUCGUCGACUUCAAGCCUCUGGAGAAACUCCCCUCCAACGUCCCCGAGCACCAGGGGCCGGGAGGCGCCGCGACGAGGGAGCUGGAGUUGGAUAUUGUGCUUGCGCCGCUGGGGGCGCAUGCGAGUAAUGCGAAGCCUUUGUUGUAA